AUGAGUGAGGAUGGUGCAGCUACAACUAGCAACAAGACGGCCGAAACGAUGAACAAGAACCAGCAGGAUAAGCGUAAGCACAAAGUGAUCAUAGUAGGUGCCGGGAUGGCAGGACUCUCGUCAGCGAACCACCUGACGAAGAACGGCUGCACGGAUUUUCUCAUCCUCGAAGGGCGCAACCGUGUCGGUGGUCGCAUCGUUUCGAUCGAUAUGGGAUCGCAGAAGAUCGAGCUCGGUGCCAACUGGAUUCAUGGUGUGCUUGGCAACCCAAUGUUCGAACUAGCUAUGCAGCACGGACUGAUCAGCAUUAUCAACAUACCAAAGCCACACAAGGUGGUAGCAGCGACAGAGGAUGGAAAGCAGGUGCCGUUUCAGAUACUGCAGGAAAUCUACGAAGCGUACGUUUGUUUUCUGCGCCGCUGUGAGGAAUACUUCCUGUGCCAGUAUCUGCCCCCGCCUGACAUUCACAGUGUCGGCGAACACAUAAACCUGGAGGUGGAGCUGUACCUGAACGGCGUCGAUUGCCAGAAGGAAAAGCAUCUGCGUAAGCUCAUAUUCGACUGUCUGCUAAAACGCGAAACGUGCAUCACCGGGUGCCAUAGUAUGGACGAGAUCGAUCUGCUCGAGCUUGGUAGCUACACGGAGCUGCAGGGCGGCAACAUUGUGCUGCCGUCCGGGUAUAGCUCGAUCCUGAAACCGCUGUGUGACAAUCUGCCAAACGAAAAUAUCGUACUAUCGUGUCCGGUGCGACGCAUUCACUGGAAACGGAAAGCGGCCCUGCGUGCCAGUGCGUCCGCAAUGACAGCAAGCGCCGGUGGUACGAUUCUGGAAGAGGACGAAGAUGAUGGUGGUAAUGAGUCGGACGAUUCGGACCGUACCGUGACGGAGGUACCGGUCGGAACGGGCGAUGCACAGCAGGGUUCGGCAGACGAGCAUAAAGCAGGUGAAGCAGCAAGAAUUAUCAAAUCAUCCACAGCAAAUGUAGUGGUGGAGUGUGAGAAUGGAGCCGUUUACGAGGCGGAUCAUGUGAUCUGCACCCUGCCAUUGGGGGUGCUAAAGGAGCAGAGCGAAACGCUGUUCGUGCCGGCGUUACCACAGUACAAGAUCGAAUCGAUCGACAGUUUACUGUUUGGCACGGUGGAUAAGAUAUUUCUCGAGUACGAUCGACCGUUUCUGAAUGCGACCAUCAGCGAAAUUAUGCUGCUAUGGGACGGAUUGGAAGAAAACGAUGGGGAAGCGGCCGAUGGGCAGGAACAGGACGGCCAGUGGUUAAAGGACAAUUGGUACAAAAAGAUAUACUCCUUCUCGAAGGUUUCCGAUACGCUGCUGCUCGGUUGGAUAUCGGGUCGGGAAGCUGAAUACAUGGAGACACUAUCGCACGAGAUCGUAGCAGAACGGUGCACGGAAAUAUUGCGCCAAUUCCUAAAGGACCCAUUCGUGCCGAAACCGAAACGGUGCGUGUGCACGAGCUGGCGGAAGCAACAGUUCAGUCGUGGCUCGUACACUGCCAUCGCUGUUGGUGCCUCGCAGGACGAUAUCGACAACAUUGCCCAGCCACUCUACUCGAGUCCUCAUCAGUCGAAGCCCUCGGUUCUGUUCGCCGGUGAGCAUACGCAUGCGAAUUUCUACUCCACGGUGCACGGUGCCUAUCUGAGCGGUCGAACCGCGGCCCAGAUCCUACUGACACCUGACUCUCCGCAGGAGAUAGUGAUGGAAUCGGACAGCAGCGAUCUCAGCUCGUGGAUACAGGGCAUUGCGCUAGAUUAG